AAGGCUUUACAGUCUCAAUUGCAAUACCAGGCUGUGCAGCUGAACUGGGGCUUUUGUAGGGUUUUUGGAUUCUCAACAUCUUUCACUAUGAGUUACGGCGUUAAGGGUGGCGGUGGUGGAAGUAGCGUAAGUGGUGGCGGAAGCUGUGGAAUAAUUAGUGGUGGAGGUGGCGGUGGUGGGGUCAUCAUUGGUGGCGGAAGCUGCGGAGGUAUUGGUGGUGGCAGUAGCAGCAGCAGAACUAUCAAAGUCACAAGCACCUCUGGAUCCUCAAGAGGAUUUUCUGGAAGAAGCUCUGGCGGAGGAGCCAGGAGUGGUUAUGGAGGAGGUUUCAGCAGUGGUAGCUGUGGAAGAAUAAGUAGAGUAUGCUAUGGAGGUAGCAGCUAUGGCGGUGGAGGCUACGGUGGUGGCUAUGGCAGUGGAGGCUAUAGUGGUGGCACCUGCGGCGGAGGCAGCUUCGGCGGAGGCAGCUUCGGCGGAGGCAGCUUCGGCGGAGGCAGCUUCGGUGGAGGCAGCUUCGGUGGUAGCCACCCAUUCAGCAGUGGUAGUUUUGGCAUUGGGGGUGGUGAUGGUGGCCUCUUGAACACCAAUGAAAAGACAACCAUGCAGCACCUUAAUGAUCGCCUGGCUAAUUACAUAGAGCAGGUGAAACGCUUGGAAGAUGAAAAUGAUCAGCUUGAGGUUUUAAUCAGAGAGUGGUACCAGAAGCAUGGCACUUCAUCUGAACCAAGGGACUACAGCCCCUUUUACCACCAAAUUGACCAACUCUACAAUGAGCUCAUUGCUGAAACUGAUGAUUAUAACAAAAUCCUUCUGAACAUUGAUAACACCAGGAUGACUGCUGAAGAUUUUAAAUUGAAGUACCAAACUGAAAGUGGUCUCCGUCAGAAUGUGGAAGCUGAUAUCAAUGGACUGCGCCCUCUCUUGGAUCAACUGACUCUUGCCAAGUCUGAUCUGGAGAUGCAGUUUGAGUCUCUUAAAGAGGAGUUGAUCUGCCUGAAGAAGAACCAUGAGGAGACAUUGAGAGGACUGAGAAAUCAGCGUGGUAGCGGUGAUGUGAAUGUUGAGGUGGACUCUGCUCCUGGCCAGGAUCUGAAACAACGUCUUGAUCAGCUCAGGUGUGAAUACGAGAAAAUCAUCGAACAAAACCGCAGAGAGGUGGAAGCGUGGUAUGAAACCAAGAUGGAGGAGGUUCGCCAGGAGGUCCAUUCAAGCGGGCAGGAGAUAAGUACCGGCAACCAGCAACUCUCAGAACUCAGACGAGAAUUUCAGACCCUGGAGAUCGAGCUGCAAUCUCAACUCAGCAUGCUCCAGUCUCUGCAAAGCAACCUGGAAGACACAGAACGUCGGUACAACAUGCAACUGCAACAGAUUCAGUGCAUGAUUGAGCCAGUAGAAUCAGAGCUGGCCAGCAUCCGAUGUGAGAUUGAGAGCCAGAAUCAGGAGUACCAAUUGCUCCUUGGCAUCAAGACCCGUCUGGAACAGGAGAUCUGUCAAUACCGCCGACUGCUUGAGGAAGGACAGCAGGAAAUUAGUUCAGGAGGAGGAUACGGAGGUGGAUACGGAGGUGGAUACGGAGGUGGUAAAAUCAGGAGGGGAAGCGGAGGAGGCAUUGGCGGAGGAAUUAUUAGUGGUGGCAGUGGAGGUGGCGGUUCAUGUGGUCCAAUUGGUGGUGGAGGAACAAUUUGCGGCGGCGGCAGCAGCGGCGGUGGCGGUGGCGGCGGUUCAUGCCAAAUUGGCGGUGGAAGCAGCGGAGGAGUGACAAUCGGAGGUGGUGGUGGAGGACGCUGUCAGACCUACCCCACUCCACAGCCUCAGCCCUGCAAACCAGGACACGGCAGAAAAUCCUAUGACUAACCAUCAGGCACCUGAUAUCGCAUCAACCCCAAGCCCUCCAGGUGGUUCUGCUUAUAGAGGAAGAA